CAAGAUCUCCACCUCUGCAGCAUCCCAACAGAGGCUGUUGGUGGAAAGUGGUAAAGACACUUAGAAAUAAGGAGGAGAAACCAACAGGCAUCAUAGUCUCAGGGCACCAGGUCGGAGGACUCACGGCGGAAUCUGGAAGCGAAGAUGCGCGCGGUUGGGGCCGGGGGAGUCGCUGUGCUGUGCGCGCUGCUGGCCGCGGUGGUGCCCGGCUGUUUGUCCGAGCUGGAAACGGUGGUGCAGGAGCCUUUUAGAGCCGAGUCUUCCCUGCUGAAGCCAAAGGUUAUGAUCGCCAUUGUGGCUCGCAACGCGGCGCACAGCCUGCCACAUUACCUGGGCUGCAUCGAGAGGCUGGAGUACCCGAAGGAGCGCAUAGCGAUCUGGGCAGCAACAGACCAUAAUGUGGACAACACCACCGCCAUGUUGAGAGAAUGGCUGAAAAGAGCCCAGGGUGUCUAUCACUACGUGGAGUGGAGACCGAUGGACGAGCCAAAAUCGUACACAGAUGAAUGGGGUCCGAAGCACUGGCCUCCUUCACGGUUCAACCAUGUGAUGAAGCUGAGGCAGGCGGCGCUGAAGGCUGCCAGGGAACGAUGGGCUGACUACAUACUCUUUGUUGACAGCGACAACCUGUUGACAAACCCCCGUGUGCUGAACCUGAUGAUGGCUGAAAACCUGACGCUGGCUGCCCCCAUGUUAGAGUCUCGCUCCCUCUACUCCAACUUCUGGUGCGGCAUCACCCCACAGGGUUAUUACAAGCGGACCCCGGACUACCAGCCCAUCCGGGAGUGGAAGCGGCUCGGCUGCUACCCUGUUCCCAUGGUUCACAGCACCUUCCUAAUAGACCUGCGUCGUGAAUCCAGCAAGGAUCUGACUUUCUACCCCCCCCACCCCGACUACAGCUGGGCGUUUGAUGACAUCAUGGUGUUUGCUUUCUCUGCUCGUCAAUCAGGCGUGCAGAUGUACGUGUGUAACAGAGAACACUACGGUCUGCUGCCGGUCCCUCUCAAAGCGCAGCAGAGUGUGGAGGAUGAGAGCGAGAGUUUCAUACACACCAUUACGGAAGCUUUGAUUGACCACGAUAUUGAGCCCACUGAGCACCUGCACUCCCAGCCGUCCCCGCAGGACACCAUGGGCUUUGAUGAAAUUAUCCUGAUUAAUCUCAAGCGCCGGCUGGACAGAAGAACCAGGAUGUUAAAAACAAUGUCUUCGCUGGGUUUACACACCACGCUGGAAGAAGCAGUGGACGGCAAGGCUCUAAAUACGUCCCAGCUUCAGGCGCUAGGGAUAGAGAUGAUGCCGGGCUACAAAGAUCCUUACUCUGGACGAGUCCUGACCAGAGGGGAGAUCGGUUGCUUCCUCAGUCAUUACUCCAUAUGGAAGAAGGUGGUGGAGCGUGGCAUCCAAAAAGUUCUUGUUUUAGAGGACGACGUGAGGUUUGAACCCAGGUUUAAAAGACGAAUCCUGUCCAUCAUGGAUGACAUAAACAAAACCCAGCUGGACUGGGACCUCAUCUACGUGGGCCGUAAGCGUAUGCAGGUGCAGCAGCCGGAGCAGUCUGUGGAUGGUGUGAACAACCUGGUGAAGGCCGACUACUCCUAUUGGACGCUCGGCUACGCGCUGUCACUGCAAGGCGCCAAGAAGUUACUGGAUGCCAAACCCUUGUCGAGGAUGCUGCCUGUGGACGAGUACCUCCCUGUCAUGUUCAACAAACACCCCAACACGGCGUUCAUGUCUCACUUCGAGCCGCGGGACCUGAAGGCCUUCUCCGUGGAGCCGCUGCUCAUCUACCCCACCCACUACACCGGAGAGCCGGGCUACAUCAGCGACACGGAGACCUCCACCAUCUGGGACGACGAAGCCGUGGCCACAGACUGGGACCGGCAGCACGCCCGCAAGACGGCCCAGCAGGGCAGCAUCCACGCCGUGGCUCAGAACAGCGUCACCGGAGACACACCGCCUCCCGCAGCGCGAGCAUCCCGAGACGAACUCUGAUACAGAGACUCAGAGAGAAAGACUCGUGUUUACUACGCCGUGUUUCAAUUUCACUUGUCACACACACUUGAAAAGAUGCUUGAACUGCAAGCUGACAUUCUGUACAUUCAUCCAAACACACACACACAUACUCACACACACACACACACACACACAAACACACACACACACACACACACACACACACACACACACACACACACACACACACACACACACACACACACACACACACACACACACACACACACACACACACACACACACACACACACACAGACUGGUGGAUAAAAGUGGAGUGAAGAUGUCAAUCUGCUCUGCGGCCCGAUGAAGGGACACUGAGGAGAGAAAGAAGAGGAGUUUCUGGGACGAGGGCCAGCAGGCCUCCGAUAAAAAGCUUUAUUUAUUCUCCAUGUGCCUCCUCUGGGCAUGUGGAGACACUAACAGCCCAGGAAAACUUAAGCAACACUUGGAAUACAGCUUACGUUAUAUGCAACAUAACAAAACCUCUCACAAAUCAAUUUUACUGUUUUUUUUAACAAAGAUUAUUGUUAUUUAAAAAAGAACAAAUGUGUUUUUUUUAAUGGGCAGCCGAAGAAUAAAGGAAUCUUAAAGCUGUCUUAAAAGGCGUGUGUGUGUGUGUGUGUGUGUGUGUGUGUGUGUGUGUGUGUGUGUGUGUGUGUGUGUGUGUGUGUGUGUGUGUGUGUGUGUGUGUGUGUGUGUGUGUGUGUGUGUGUGUGUGUGUGUGUGUGUGUGUGUGUGUUUAAGUGAGUUUGCACAUGGACAUAUGCAUGUGUUUACCAAAGAGAACAUGUGUGGGAUGAGGGAAGCUGACAUACUGUACCCAAGAGUGUCACUGCCCCAGAUGAUGUCACUGUCUCUCUCUCUCACACACACACACACACACACACACACACACACACACACACACACACACACACACACACACACACACACACACACACACACACACACACACACACACACACACACACACACACACACACACACUAAGAGAACAUCCCUUCUCCACCACGCCAGUAAUGGUAUUAAACUCAGUGUUUCUGUCAUAGCAGAUAUUUCCCUUGCACAGCGGGCUGGUCCUGCUAGUUAGCAUUUCAGAUCUUCACAUUACAUGUAGCCUGCAGGUUGAAUGGUAUGCACUAUUGUGCACUUCAGGCCCCCUGCUUUCAGGAUAUUUGUGUUAAAUAAUUGUAGAUAAACUGGAUCAUUGAAUUAUUCAUUAACUCAACACAGGCUGUUUUUCGUUUAGUUGUGGUUACGGGCUGAAUUAAUAAAAAAUCUUCUCUG